AUGGCUAAACAUGUGCUGUCAGUUUAUUAUCAGAACUGUAGGGGUCUCCGAACAAAAUUGCACACAUUAUAUAUGAAUGUCCUAUCUCACAAUUACGACAUUAUAAUACUAACCGAAACUUGGUUAAUUGAGAACAUAUCUGAGAGUGAAAUGUUUGAUACACGGUACAGAGUGUUCCGUUCGGACAGAGAUCGCAUAGCCAGCGGCCGGCAUGACGGCGGGGGCGUUUUGAUAGCUGUGCGCCGUGAGCUUGCAGCAACACCGCGCGUUUUUCCUCUCCCACUCAUUCUUGCCCCGCCGCCAUUUGCGCACCAUCAUUGUCGUCCCUGA